AUGAGUAAAAUUGGAUCAGUUACGGUAAUGUCGACUAAUAAUGACAGUGAUAUGAGAUUUGAAUUAUUGUCAACUAUACGGUAUGAUCCCUUUGCCAGUAUCUGGGAAUCGAAUUCUGGUGAUGACAAUGGAUCUAGUGAGAGACCAAAUACUAGUUAUGUGUAUUCUGGGAGUGAAGACGUUGAGGAUCUGAAGAAAUUGUUGGUUAAAGGUAAACUGAAUUCAAAUAAUGAUUCAAUUGAAACGAAGAUGGUUGAUGUGUUCAGAAGACGAUUCUUAUUUUUGAGAGAUCAUUAUGAGAGAACUACCAGGGCAAUUUCUAAAAUAGGUUGGAACAUUCCAUUGGAUGAACAUGAUUUGUUGGAAAAAUUAAUAUUGGCGUUGCCCACUGAUCUUGAAACUGACGAUAUAGAAAAGAAAAUGGAAAUGUUACUAGAUGGUUCGACAUGUUAUAAGAUGAGACUUCUUGUCUCUAACGAUGGAGCUGUCAAGAUAGAGGCACAUGAACUUUCGAAAAUUGAAAAACCACCUACCGAUCUCGUUGCCUAUUUCGUGGAAACGAUGCUAGAUGGAUUACUAGAUGAACCUAAAAACUUAUGGGAUGUAUUUGUGAAUUCAAGACCUAUAUUUCCUUCUUUUUUCACUAGCUUUAAGACAACAUAUCGUAAUCACUAUACAGAGGCUAGAAAUUUAAUGCCUGUAUUGUCCCAAGAGUAUUACAAGUCAGAAACGAAACCCUCUAAAAUGGAGAUCUUGCUCUAUAAUGAAAAUAACCAAUUGAUGGAGGGUUCCAUAACGAAUGCUGCGAUCAAGAAGGAAACAGCCGAUGGGAAGUUCAUUUUCGUAACUCCUUCUUUGGAAUCUGGAUGUCUUGACGGGAUAAUGAGGAAGUUUCUCCUGAAUGGAGGAUUAAUCGAAGAAGGAUGCAUCGAUAUCAAUGACAUCAAAGAUGGCGAUACCAUCAUUAUUUUUAACGCAAUAAUGGGGUGUGUCAGAGGUACAAUAAGAAUUUUACAGUAA